UAUCACUGGCUCGGUGCACAACCAUCAACGUUGAUACGAUUUUGUGUUGCAAUAUUAUAUAGUUGAUGAGUCGAGCGUAACUUUUUUUUUGUAAAGUUUUCAAUCGAAAGAACGGACUUCCUGUUUUGUUGAAAAGAAAUUCAAUUCUUUUGGUUUUUCAAAGUGUUGGAAUUUAGUUGAAGUUAAAACCAAGGAUGAUGAAGUGCAAAAAAAGUUACUUUGUGUUCUGCUUAGUUUUUCUAAUUAGUGAUAGCAGAUGCAGCGACCCUAAUUCAGACAAAUACAUCACCGCAUCGAAAGCGGAAUGUUUUUCGUCGAAAAAUUUGUUCUCGUGCAUCAAAUAUAAGACGGCACGGUUUAUUUGGUCGGUGGCAGCUGGUAAAAUCCAGUUAAUUAAAAAUCCUUUGAACAGUGAACAUUUUAAUCUCGUCAGAAUUACGAAUGAUGGGGAAGAAAAAGAGUUUUCGGAAUAUAGAUACGAGCAAGACGUCCCUGAAUCGACCAAAGCAUUAUCGUUCCUAAAGAGAUCCGUUCACAUGUUCCUAGCAACGCAUGGUUUUCAAAUAUCGUUUGGGAAGGACACCGGAGCCCGACUGAUCAGUGAUCCAGAGUCUGAUGAUGUAGCAGAUGAAUAUCGCGGUAAGAAGAAACGUAAGCUUCAGCUCGUUCUUCCACUUCUUAUUUUGUUGAAAAUGGUCAAAAUAAAAGUGUUGUUACUUACUGUAUUAUUGGGUAUCGGUAGCAUACAGUUGCUUCUGGUCGCUGGCGGUAUACUUUUGUUUCAUUACUUCAAACACACUACCCACUGCAAAGUACAAGGGCUACCGAUACACUCUCAUAGUCACAUAAUUGAAUCGGAACCCGAGCCAUAUUCCACCUACACUGGAUAUCACUAUUCCCAACCGUCGUACCACAGUUCAGGUUCAUAUGCAAAGGAUUGGGCGAGUAGCAGGGCAUACAGUGCAUUUAAUAAUUAUAUGGACACACCGCAUUCCAGCUCAUAAUAAUAACUUAGCAUAAAGCUUAAAGAUAUUUCAAUAAAAUUACUUUUUUAUCA